AUGUCUAAAACAAGAUCUCAGAAGAGUCAAUCAAUUCCGGAAUCUGCUUCCGUAAAGGAUGAUAACAUAUUAUGUUGUGUAUGUGAUGCGGUGGUUCAAAUCGAGCCUUCGGACUUAUAUGAUGAAUUGGUGAAAUAUGCUAGCAAAAGUAAAAACAUGAAGUUUUAUUGUGAUAAUUGCGUGAAACAUGCUGAUGGUUUCAAAGACGUGGUAAAGAGUAAUUCUAAAAUUGUCGAUAACGAGGCUGCUUCUUUGAGAAAUAUGAUCAGUACUUCAUUUUCCGAUGUGGUAAAAAAGGACCUCAACGUAGUUAGUAAAGAGGUCAUCUCUGUUCGCAGAACAAUUGAAGUGGCAAAUGAAGUUAAGGCCCGUGAAAACAACAUAGUUCUCCUUAAUUUCAGCAAAGACUUGGAUGUUGCUAAAGAUAGGGGCAAUGUUCUUGGCUUUUUAAGGUCCCUAACAGACGAGUCUCUGAAAGAUGAGGACAUAUUGAAAAUAUUCAGACAAGGUAAAAAGCCAAGCGUAUCGUCUCCCCCGCGUCCAGUGAUUGUUAAGUUUAUCAACCUUUCUGCAAAAGAGAAGAUGAGAAGAUUGUUCAGAUUAGCGCUGCUGGAUGAAAAAAUGAGGGAAGUGAGGAUUAGUGAUGACCUUACAACGGACCAGCGUCUGCAGCUCAAAAAAUUGGGUCUUGAGGCAAAAACGCAAAAAUCUAAAGAUGGUCAUUUUUUAUAUCGGAAUGUUUUCAAGGUUAAAAAAAUAGAAUUACCAGUGGUAAAUUCCUUUGAAUCACUUGCUAUUAAAUUUCGGUGCGGUAAAAAAACGAUUCUGUUAUUGGCAGUUUAUCGACCGGGUUCUGUACCAAUUACUCCUGCAAUUUUUGAUGAGCUUACAUCACUCUUGGAGCAGAUUUCGUUAUUGGCGGACUAUGUCAUUCUUACGGGGGAUUUGAAUGUUCAUCUGGAAAAGGCUGGAAAUACUCAUUCAAUCCGUAUUGAAGUUGCAGGUGACUUCAACAUACACGUAGAAACUUCGUCAGAUAUAUAUGCAACAGCCCUUGCUGAUAUUUUUUCUAGUUUUGAUCUUGUCAAUAGAAUUAAUCAGUCUACCCAUGUGCUUGGUGGUACCCUGGAUUUGAUUGUCACAUCGGAUGGUUUUUUGUUAGAAGAUAUAUUAGUGUACCUAUCUGGUAUCUAUUCAGAUCAUGGUUUAGUAACUGGUCAAUUUUUAAUCAAUCCGACUCCAGUCAUUUUCAAGAAAUCGUGGAUCAGAUCCUGGAAACGAGUGGAUAAAAAACGUCUGACUGAGCUUUUGAGGUGCUCACCUAUCUCGAAACAUUAUAGUCAGGAUGAUGAUGUCGAAUUGGGUUUUAAAAUAUUCAAUGAAGAGCUUUUAAAAGUUGCUGACGAUGUUGCUCUACUUCAUGCGAAAACAUGUCAAUUUAAAAAUAAUUCCAAAUACUUAUGGCAAACGAUUAAUAAAUUAUUAGGAAAAGAGACAAGUGUUGAAAAUGAAGUUGGUUCAAUGCAUAGCGCCGAUGAUUUUAAAAAAUUUUUUGCUGACAAGUUGAAAGUGACCGAAAAGUCAACUGAAUGUUUUAAUUUUCCAGUUAUUUCUACUAAUACUAAUAUUAUGUUUCCACUCGAAUCGUUUCCAGUGUUGACUGAAGAACAGAUAUUGUUAAUUUUGUUAAAGUUGUUAAUUCGUCACCUACGAAGUCAUGCUCACUCGACCCAAUACCGACGCAUGUAUUCAAAGAAUAUGCUGACUGUUUUAUUGUUUACUUAA